UGAGAGUUAUGCACUAAGGUAGGCAAUUCAUGCACAACAGCUUUUCUUGCGUGCGCAUUAAACCAGGCAAAAUUAUAUAUCGUAAUAAUAAUAAUAGUUUCACAUCCAAGCCUUUAAGCUGUGCCUUGGAGCUGCAUUAGUAAUGAAGCUAUCUCACAGAGUGCAUAUUUUCCAACCACAGAACUAUUGUUUCUACCAAGGGUUACUGGCACGAUAUGUAUCGCAGACCGAAACAACUCCAGGUUUUCCCAUGUAGUCAGUGUUGCUGCUAGGAUAGCAGCCCUACCUACGUUAAGGAUCAGUAGAAUUAGUGAUACUAAUACACUCAUUUUAAUUUCGGCACUUCUAUUAAUAAGACUGCCAAGGGGAGUUUACCUAUGCAAGGUUUGCAGCAUUCAGGUGAUUAUGGCGUAUAGGAAGGAGCAUGAGGUCUAUACUAAGUGUGCGGAUGUAUUAUCUUUUGAAAAUCAGUGGGUGAAGCUGGAGAUAAUUAAACAAACGAUACUGGUUUUGUCACUUUUCAUUUCCCAAAGUUCCACUCCCGUAAAAUGACCAUUUGAUAUUGUGAAACAAAGGUUAAACGUUUUUACUUUUCUUGUGCUUGCGCAGCUUUAAAUACGGACUUGUAAGCUGCGUCCUGUGAUUUUGAGAAGCGAUGCCAACUGCAAGCAGCAUUCCUGCAGCUCUGGGAACAUUUCCACCCUUGACCGAGUAGUCAUCUCCGGGCUCUACUCUCCCAUCAGGCAGGCGAGCCUAGGGACAGCGCUCUAUAUCGCUACGACCACUAGAUGGCGAUCUCCGAGUAGGUAGGGGCACUUCUGUCACUACCCGUUGCCUUUUGCACCAAACGCUUUUCUUUUCUCCAGAAGAGGCAUCAUAAUAUAAUUCCGUUAGAUUCGACCGAGCUCGGUCCUUUAUGUGGAUAUAUGUUCUCCGGGUGUUGUCUUCCGAGGGAAUGCCGUAAAUUGCUUGUACAGCUACGGGAAAAUAGCAUCUACAGGCUAGGAGCGGGCUUUGGGGAGCCCGAGGACGCAGGUGUAUGCUGCUAGGAAUUUCUGUUCCGAAGUGAUGGAGGGCAAGGAAAAAGUCUUUGGAUAUAUUAAUAAAUAAACACAGUUCUAGGAGCAGCAGCGGGGAAAGAAAGAAACCUGACCAAAAAGAAAACACUGGUUCUGGAAAAAGCGGAGCUCACUUCUUCAAAGUUAAGACUUGGAAUCUGCGGUUCCUGUGGUGUGAUGAAAAUGAAAAGAGAUCGCUCCACGUACGGCAUGACUAUGAAUAUAAUCUUGGUCAAUCUACAACCCUCAGCAAUAUGUUUUAUUACACUGGAGAAGAGAGACUAAUCCUCCUCCCGAGAUAGAAAAAAAGUUACCUGUCACUAUUACCUGCCUUUUUUGUUGCGGAAUUAAAUCAUUUGCUACUGGCAAAACAUUUUGGUAGGAAAAAAGGCAGUUUGCUUUCUUGUUUUUAAGGAAAUGAUUACUGUAAACUCUGAUGGGAUAAUAAUGGGGAGAAGAUGCUUGGUCACCUUAAGACCUUUUAGGAUAUUUUUGGCUGGAAUUGGAUUUUUUACCCUAUGCUUUCUAAUGACAUCGCUUGGAGGUCAGUUCUCAGCAAAGAGACUUGGAGACUCGCCAUUCACCAUCCGAACAGAAGUACUUGGCGGACUGGAAUAUCGAGGAGUACUGCGGAAAAUGAGUGAAAUGCUGGAAGUUCUAUUAAAGAGAAUGGAUUCUUUGACAAAGAUGCAGAAUGUCAGUGAGUUCAGGAAGAUGGAAGAGUUCCACUCUGUUAUGAACAAGUUCCCAUCUACCAGCCUCAUGGAUAAGAUUCAGGCCAUUGCCCAGAAUGUUUCCAACAUUGCCAUUAAAAUGGACCAGAUCUUACAGAAUGGGUUUGUUCCUUUGAAAGCAAAAGAUGGAAAGCGGAACCCCUGUGAGAUAGUGAAGGACCCAAAAUUCCCAGACUGCACUGCAAAGUUGGAGUGGAUGCGUGCAAGGUGGACCUCAGACCCAUGCUAUGCAUUUUAUGGUGUUGAUGGUACAGACUGUUCCUUUUUAAUCUACCUCAGUGAAAUAGAAUGGUUCUGUCCUCCUCUGCCUUGGAGAAACCAAACAGUUCCUCCUAUUAAGAAGAUGCUGCCAAGGAUGCAGGCAGCUUUUCGAACUGACUUCAAUCCACUCCUCGAACAGAUUGGAACCGGCAAAGAGUCACUCAUUUUCAUGAAGAAACGAAUACGUCACCUAUCUACACAGUGGAUUCUUGCUGCCCAUAAGCUUGAGAAGAAGCUGAAAUCAUCCUGGAGGGAUCAGAAGAAGAUUUUAGUUUACGUUGGCUUUCUGACUGAAGAAUCAGGAGAUGUCUUUAGUCCAAAAGUGUUGAAAGGAGGUCCCCUUGGAGAAAUGGUGCAGUGGGCAGAUAUCUUGGCAGCUUUAUUUCUUCUGGGUCAUACACUGAAGAUUUCAGUUUCUUUAAAAGAAUUACAAAAUUACUUAGGUGUACCUCCUGGAAGAGGAAGUUGUCCCCUCACUGGACCUUUGCCAUUUGACCUUAUUUAUACAGAUUACCAUGGUUUACAACAAAUGAAGCAACACAUGGGGCUGUCCUUUAAAAUGCACAAAUGCCACAUAAGGGUUAUUGACACAUUUGGAACAGAACCAGCCUACAACUAUGAAGAAUAUGCAACUCUGCAUGGGUACCACACAAACUGGGGUUACUGGAACUUUAACCCUAAGCAGUACAUGACUAUGUUCCCUCACACACCAGACAAUUCUUUCAUGGGUUUUGUGUCCGAAGAACUGAAUACAACUGAAAAGCAGUCUAUUAUGAGACACAAAGUGAAGAACAUGGCAGUUGUGUAUGGAAAAGAAGUCAACAUGUGGAAGGGUAAAGAACAGUUUUUAAAGAUUCUUAACAAGUAUAUGGAAAUCCAUGGAACUGUUUACUAUGAAACACAGCGGCCACCUGAAGUUCCGGCAUUCGUUAAAAAUCAUGGUCUUCUGCCUCAGCAGGAGUUACAGCAGCUGCUGAGAAAAGCAAAGCUGUUUGUUGGAUUUGGUUUUCCAUAUGAAGGACCAGCUCCUCUGGAAGCUAUCGCUAAUGGGUGUAUUUAUCUCCAGCCCCGCUUCAACCCACCUCACAGCUCCCUCAAUCAUGAAUUCUUCAGAGGAAAGCCUACAUCAAGGGAGGUGUCCUCCCAACAUCCAUAUGCUGAGACUUUUAUUGGAAAGCCCCAUGUCUGGACUGUAGAUUACAACAACUCAGAGGAAAUUGAAACCACAAUCAAAUCUAUCAUGAGAACUCAGGUUGAACCAUAUUUACCUUAUGAAUACACAUGUGAAGGGAUGCUGGAGAGAGUAUAUGCCUACAUCCAACAUCAGGAGACAUUCUUACAAUCUUUCACAGAAUUCAAGGAUUUUGACAAUCAUUUGCUUCAUGCUGUGAAACCAUGUGACUGUACAAGUGUUCAUAUUGGCUUAUGA